AUGGCGAACUUCAACAAAGUGGACAAAAUACGGAUCCUGACGGACGAUAAUGGAACGGAAACGCUGUUGUUAGAGUUUGAUGAAAUCGGUGAAGCCGAGCCGUCAUCGGCCCCUCCUGAAAAAGAAGAAGCGAUUAAUCAAAUGGAAUUUAUCGAUUUUGAAAAGCAUGGAAAAAUGAUGAAUGAACUGUUUGGUAAUGCUGACAUCUACGAGGCAUUCAGGAGAUUCAGGAGGAAUCGAGUUUUCGGUACUUUCGAAUGUCCAGAAUGCAAAGAAAGUUUUAUCAAUACAGCAAGACUGGAAAGGCAUUUAUCGGUUCAUCAGGUACACCUCUUUUUUGUUUCUUUCGUCGGAAUGUGA